AUGCGCCUGAUUCUUCCCUUCACGCUCCUCCUCCUCCUCGGCCGGUUCUCAAGGGGGCCGCAUGAUGCCACAGGUCUCAUCUUCACCCGAGAAGUCGACCUGCCGAGUGGAUACGACUUGGACGUGUCCAAACAGGAGAGCAAUGAGCGAGGCAGCGAAGGAGAGAUUGAAGUGGCCACAUGGCUAAAUGCACAGGUAAUCAAGGCGUCUGGUCGAAUUUGUCAAGCUCUAGUUCUUGCAGAGUAG